CCUUGCGGCCAGGUGCUCUCGGCCCCGCCCCCGGUGCUGGCCACGCCCCUCCCUCUGAGACGCACCUGUCUCACCUUACAGCCGUGAGCUGUAGCCGUCACGCGUGGACAUGGAGGCGGACUACCGGGGCCUGGGCCGCUGCACGUCCUGUUUCUGGCUCGCGGUGGCCUUUGACGCCGUGGGCCUCGUCGUUCUCCUCAUCGGGGUCUUCGUCAACGUGUUUUUCUAUGACCUGCUCAUCUACGCGGGCGCCAUCGUCAUCUUCCUGAGCCUCAUCUGGUGGGUGUUCUGGUACUCCGGGAACAUCGAGGUGCCCCCGGCGGAGCUGGAGGAUGAUGUCGGGCUGUUAAAGAAGGACAAGGGCGCCCUGAGCGGCGUCCGAGGCGUCGUCAGGCGUCUCUCCAGCCGCAUGUCCAGCGGCAUCAUGAACUCCUUCCGCAGGAACGCAGGCCGCUCCAACACCCGUACCCCCGGCGUUCAGACGUCCGGGUCACCUGUGGCCGUUGUUAUGGCAACGGUGGGCCCACGGGACAAUCCCCCCAUCAAUGCUGUACCAACACCUGCAGAGACGUCACCGGUGUAACAGGUGAGUCCUGGGGAGCCGUGAGGCUGCGACGCGGUAUGAAGCGGAGGCGGCCAUGAAGUUUGAAGGAGAGUGUGCAACUGUUUUAAUGUUUAAUAAAAGAUCCAACCAAA